AUGGUGGUGGCCUCUGGAACCAACUCCUUCGCCAAAGAAAUGGCCAUCAGAAAGCGCAUUGCCAGCAUAUACAACAAAAGAGAAGAGGACUUUCCAUCAUUAAGGGAAUACAAUGAUUACUUGGAGGAAGUAGAGGACAUGUUAGUCAACUUGAUUGAGGGAGUGGAUGUUCCUGAUAUCGAAGCAAGGAUUGCACAGUACCAGAGAGAGAAUGCUGAGCAGAUAAUGAAUGCUCAAGCUCGUAAGGCUGAAGAAUAUGCAGCAGCAUUGGCAGCUAGCAAGGGACAGCCUGCACCAGCUGAUGAGGAUAUGAUUUAUUUGGUGUUCUGAACUCUAAUGUGAGGGAUUUACAUCUUCUCUGGAGCCUUGACUGCUUACCCCAUGGAUUUCAUGAUGUAUUUUGCGGUUUUCAUGCAUAUGGAUGCAUAUAUUUAGGACAUCAUUAUAUAACUACGUGUCUGAGGAAGCUACUGGCAUUCUCGCCCCACUAGGUUCUUGUAAUACUUUUUCAUGCUUCCACUUUCCUUCUUGGAAUUAGGGUCAUUUGGAGUUG